UAGUAUAAAAUUUCCAGCUCUCUAAUUUCCUGUCGAGUUCAGCAACCUCUACUCUCUCUCUCCAAUCCGCCAUCCCAUUUCUCUCUUUAAGAACAACUGUUUCUAGGGGGUGUAACUACAUUGAAUCGAAAGCUCACAAACUUGGAUUCUUCGAAGAGUUCUAUUUUGAUUGAAUAAGAAGGGCUUUUGAGUGGAUUCUGUGUUAGGUGUAAGAUCAAACAUGUCUAAUACAUGGUAUUGUCAGCCUCUUAGAAAGCUAGAGGGCUACUCCCUUCAACAUUGUCAGCCAUUAAACAGCCCUCAGGUAUGGAGUUACAGCAACAUUGCUAAUGGUAAUGGCUGCUCGAUUCUCCUCUCUCAGGACCGGUUUUGUACACUGGAGUCAUCCACUCUGACUGCGGAUCACUCAGCUUCAACGGUCAGCCUGUCUCCCAAUGAGAGCUCAUUGUCUCAUACAGACUACCCUGCUGGAGGUCUGCAGAUCAACGAGGAGGAAGACGUGAGCGAGUUGAAGCACAAGCUCAAGGAGCUGGAGACUGUGAUGUUCGGGCCGGAUAUUGAUUUUCUUGAAACCUAUGACGAUUCUGUGGCAACUAGGUUAGCAUCCGCGGAGAUAGACAGCUGGAGGCAGCUGAUGGAGGUGAUCCCGCGAGGGGACCUCAAGCAGCUGCUUACAGCCUGUGCAAAGGCCGUGUCAAACUGUGAUUGGUUGAUGGCGCAGUGGCUCAUGUCCGAGCUGCGCCAGCUGGUCUCGGUUUCUGGUGCACCAGUGCAGCGCCUGGGGGCAUACAUGCUGGAGGGGUUGGUGGCACUGAUGAGCACCUCCGGCAGCUCCAUCAACAAGUCUUUGAAACUGAGAGAGCUUGCUAGCUUUGAGCUGCUGUCUUAUAUGCAUAUGCUGUAUGAGGUGUGCCCUUAUUUUAAGUUUGGUUACAUGUCAGCAAAUGGUGCCAUUGCGGAAGCAAUGAAGGAUGAGAAUAGGGUUCACAUUAUUGAUUUCCAGAUAGGUCAGGGUAGCCAGUGGAUACCUCUGAUUCAGGCGUUUGCGGCCCGGCCUGGUGGACCGCCACAUAUCCGGAUAACGGGUGUGGACGACAUUACCUCGGCCUAUGCUCGUGGAGGAGGGUUGAACAUGGUGGGGAGGAGGCUAGCUAAGCUCGCUCAAGCCUUCAAAGUUCCCUUCACAUUCCAUGCUGUGGCCGUGCCAGCGUGCGAGGUCAGGGCAGAGAAUCUUGGGAUCAGGGCUGGGGAGGCGAUGGCGGUGAACUUCGCCUUCAUGCUGCACCGGAUGGCCGACGAGAGCGUGAGCACAGAGAACCACAGAGACAGGCUGCUGAGGAUGGUGAAAGGGCUUAACCCUAAGGUGGUGACACUGGUUGAGCAUGAGCUCAACACCAACACUGCUGCUUUCUAUCCUCGUUUCGUCGAGGCGUUGGAUUAUUACACGGCGAUGUUCGAGUCCAUUGACGUUACACUCAAGAGGGAGCACAAGGAGAGGAUUAAUGUGGAGCAGCACUGCUUGGCAAGAGAUGUUGUGAACAUCAUAGCCUGCGAGGGGGCUGAGAGAGUCGAGAGGCACGAGCCACACGGGAAGUGGAGAUCGCGCUUCACUAUGGCCGGUUUCAGCCCUAACCCGUUGAGCUCUCUGGUGAAUGCCACCAUCAAGACACUGCUUCAGAACUACUGUGAUAGAUAUAGCCUUUCAGAGAGAGAUGGAGCCCUGUUUCUUGGCUGGUUGAAUAGAGACUUAGUCGCUGCUUCUGCUUGGAAGUGACAUGAAGACCUAAGCUUUUUACCUUAUUACUACUUAAAACGCGCAAAUAACUGUACUACAUUACUAUUACAAGAAAUCUGGUCUUCAUUUCA